AUGCACCGGGAGAACUUCAUCGACGAUGCUAUCGGUAGACAACAAGCCGUCAUUAGUGACAACAACCAACUGUCCUCAUACUUACCGCUUAACACGGGAUUCCCUCAAGGAUCAGUACUUGCACAUCUGAUCUAUGUGGAUGACCUGCAAAUUCACAGCCGAUGCCACCUCGAGGAGCUCGAUUCCUGUUCCGUUAGAAUGAACGCUAAUGCCGAGAGGAUUAAGUGCUGGGCUGAACAAAAUAACCUCAAACUUAAUGUCCUCAAAACCAAGGCUAUCGUCCUGGGCUCGUCCUGCUAUAUCAAUGCUCUACCUACAAUAGCUUACACCUUCAUCAACAUAGGAAGAGCCCAGGUCGAUUUUGAAUCCUCUGUGCGCAGCCUGGGGGUGGUGCUUGACUCUAAACUAACGUGCUUUUUCAGGAAAAGCACUAACCUUAGACUGCGCAAACAUCUUGUUCAGGUCCUACUCUUCCCCAUCAUAGAUUACUGCUCACUGGUUUACUUCAAUUUGACACAAGAACUUGAGACUAAACUACUAAGACUGGUAAAUGCAGGUAUACGUUAUAUCUAUGGUCUAAAGAGGGAUGAGCACGUCACACCUUACAGACGCGAGUUGCAAUGGCUCAUCACCGCCGGACGUAGGAAUUACUUUACGGCCUGCUUCUUAAGAAAGCUAUUUAAUACUGGCAAACCAUCGUACUUAAUUGCCUACUUUAACUUCCACGUCGCACUCUGUCCUGUUAGGGGUGACGUGAUACCUCAAGUCAAACCCCUCUCCUUCUCGUCAGAGACGCUGAGGAAUUCAUUCCACAUAAAUGCCACAUACCUGUGGAACUCAUUACCCUCACAACUACGGAACACUAUACCUAUCAAUCAUUUCAAAAGCGAGGCUAUAAUCUAUUGUUUUAACCUCGAAAAUACAUAA